AUGUCUGCGCCAGUCUUCUGGUCCACCCCUCUCAAGUACUGCCGCUGGGCAGCUCGUGAACGACCCGCGCUUUUCUGGUCUGUCAUCAUUGGCGCCGCCGGUCCCAUCGCCAUGCCUAUCGUGCCUCCGAUCCGAAAGUACUUCGGGGAUGCUGAUCCAGCGCCUAUUCCCGUUACAUAUCCUGUUCCUACGGGUCCUCGGAAACAAUUGACAGGCUAUGACGAUUAG